AUGGGCAAAUGGCACGAAUAUGGCCAGUUAGAGGCCUAUCAGUUGGGCACUCCUGAUACUCCAUCUGCCUACGCGACCAUUAAUAACCCCAACAGCCUAGCUCACAUAGUCGGCGUAUUACAGGACCCAGCCUACUUACCGCCUAGCGAUGCGUUUUGUGUUAACUUCACAGUCCCAGAAGUCAUAGCAGCUUGGGAGCCUGCCGUCAGCCUAGGUUCAGUGCGCAAAGUUUUGGGUUACGACGAUGCGAAUUCUAAGCGGGUCCAGACGAGACACACAACCGAGCCGGAAGCUGCGGGAUCGAAGAACGCCUCAGAGGUACGGCAAGGCGGGAAUGCUCACAUCGGCCUCGAAGUGCUCGACACUACGGGGUCGGGCCGGCCAGAGACAAUGGAGGGAAUCGACCUGGACGCUUUUUCGGGAUCAACCUCGUCCACACAGCAUAGUAUUCUUCAACCUGCACAGAAGAGACGAAGGUUCGAGCCGCUCACGUGGAGGCAGGUGACCACAUCUCGUGACGAAGCUACGACUGCUGCGGAGUCGACUCCCGCCACAAGGGAUAUCUCAGACUCCCAGCAAGACAAAAGAAGAGACAAGCAUGCAAGGGGGACUAUAGCGGAGGCGACCAGCGCUAAUCUAUCGUCUUCUGCCGCCAACUCGGAUCAAGAUGUUCGUUUGACCCAAGGAAACGAUGGUGUAGCAUUCAAUCAGCCAGAUCAGUGUGACGAGGGGAACGUAACGGAGGCGGUGGGCGUGGAUAUGUUGGCGUUAAUAAAUGUCGCCACUGAACCCUCGCCCCACUUGCUAUCACCGACCCAAGUGCGAGGUGCCAUCGCAGGAGAUCAGCCCGUAGAGCCGAUGACCCCGCCAUCUGCAGUCAUGACGGAGUAUUGGCAGACAGGCGAUUGGGAUCUAUUCUGUCAGAUGGUAAGCCAGUUUAUGGAUAUCUCAUCUGGGACUGGAGAGGAGGACUGGGAGAAACUGUCUGUACCGGUACUGUCUGAGGACAUGUGGCUAGUGAUUCUGCAGUGGCUAGUGCCCUGCGCAGCCUUGGUGCCCAGAGAAGGAACAUCAAAACCGGUGUCAGGCCCCAGCCUCACACACACAAGGACACACCUGAAUACUAUCAGUCAACCCAUCCUCAAUCAAUCUUUCUGUCACCGUGACAUCUUCAGAUACCAUCAAAUCUGACAUAUUCACAUAACCCCAUGCUCUCAUUCAUCUUCUCCCAAUGGCGACAUCGGCAACGAUGACCACACCAGAACCACACAGCCAUCCCGCCAUGCUUUGGUUGUCUCGUGUGCUCGCCCAGACUUGGACUGCAGCCUCCGCACAGUUUGCAGGUGCAACGGACAGAAGGAAGG